AAACAGCUGACUGAGGGUGAGACCUAUGCGAGCGCUUCUCUGAAGGUUUCAUGGGAUAUACAUACAACGUUUGAGGCGGAACAAGCUGACAACGCGUCCUGUCUGGCUGUCAAACCAGUCCACGAGUAUGUUUGAGGUUUUUGCUUUCGCCCUGAACUAGUACAUAACUCGCUUGGAGUAGGACUGGAACCUCCGUUUAGUCUACAUGCGUUUACAAACAUGUAUUUGGACCAGUGUUUGCUGUAGUUCGAGCCCAUGCCACUAAAGCCGUGCCAAUGCCGAGGAAUGGAUACUAGUGUCUCUGGCAAAGUUGGAAACAUGGUUGCUAGUGAUGAGGAGCAUUUAGACGCGAGGGAUGGCAGUAACGCAGGGAUGGACGCGCUUCACCAGUGCGAGCUCAUCCAGAACCUGAUCGAGAUCUCCAUCUCUAGCCUGAAAGGGCUCCGGACCAAGUGCGCCGCAUCUAACGACCUGACCCAACACGAGAUACGCGCUUUGGAGGUGAAGCUGGUGAAGUACAUCAGUAAACAGUUGGAGUGGAAGAAGAGCGUUCCAGAGAGUGACAGACCGCUGGCGCUGGACUCUUACCCACAGCUCACAAAUUGGCUCUGCACCAUCAACCUCCGGGCAGAGCUCAUAGAGGCAGUCCCUGUGAAGCUGUCUCUGGAUGCUCUGCUGCAGAUGUCCAGUGCGCAGGUGGAAGACACCAUGAAAAGGCUGGGCUCUAGCAGUGAGGAGUGUUCCCGCAUCACCGCUGCCCUCUCCUGUCUCAAGAGCGCUACUGACACAGGUGGAGCACUUAAGAAAGAGGGCAUCCCGUGGAUAGCAGAACCCACUCACCGUGACAGUACCUCUGCUGACCCGCUGUCUUGUUCUAUGCGUGCACAUCAGUUAUAUAGUCCCAGCCCAACCGGCUGGCCCCCUCCUUCUGCUUUGCCUGCCCCUCGUUCCUGUGUCUCCGUUUCUGCCCUACCCUCAACGGACUUCCCUACGAUUGUCCACCCUCACUGUGAUGGGCUGACGGACCCUUUUUCAUCCUCCCCGCAGCUGAACCGCUGCACCUCCGGGCUGCUGUCAACCCCUCCAGCCACACCGCCACAGAGACGGUAUGGCAAGCUGAAGCACCCACGAACUCCACCACCUCCAUCCCGUAAGCUGCUAAACCUCCUGCCCAACAUCACCCUCACACGCAGCAAGAGCCAGAGCCAACUGGCCAACCGGAUCGAUGAGCCCACACCCAACAAGAACAGGAAGAAAAACAAGCCGCUUCUGAACGUGCAGGUAAACGGUGGAGGAAACGGCUGGGAAGACUCACCCUCACGGUCACCACUGUUGUCUGCCCGUUCCCCAUGCAUCCUACCAAAUACCCCCAGUCACCUGGGAGAUUCUGCAGGUGUAAGAAAUAAUGUUGCAUCCCAUGGAAGCUCUCCACUAAUCAUGAGGAAGGAUAUUGGUCUGGAUGUCACACACAGGUUUUCCACCAAGUCCUGGUUGUCUCAGACGUGUCAGGUGUGCAAGAAGAACAUGAUGUUUGGUGUUAAAUGCAAACAUUGCAAGGUGAAGUGCCACAAUAAAUGUACCAAAGAGGCCCCAAAGUGCAGGAUUUCAUUUGCACCAUUUCCAAACAAGAUCAGAAGAACAGAGUCAGUACCGUCAGGUAUCAAUAAUCAGGUGGAGCGACCGACGGAGUCUCAGCAGUACGGAACAUUACCGAAGGCAAUAAACAAAAAGGACCACCCUCCAUCACUGAGUCACCUGGACUCCAGUAGUAACCCCUCCUCCACCACCUCCUCCACCCCCUCCUCACCUGCCCCCUUCGGUCAGAGCAACCCCCCAAGCGCCACCCCACCACCCAACCCCUCCCCUAAGGGUCACGUUGACAGUCGCUUUCACUUCCCAGCUGCCUGCUACUUUCAGCAUAGACAACAGUUUGUCUUCCCUGACAUAUCCAGUUCCACACAUUCAGAUGGAGGUUACAACACUGGAGAAACAGAUCAGUCGGAUGGUAACGUCAACCAGUUGUCAACAAGCCAAAGGGAAGCUGUGGAUGAGGAGCAACAAGAGGAAGAUGGGCAAGAUCAGGAAGGAUCGGAUGAUGAAAGUGAAGGCGAUGAAGUGGAUGACCUGCCCAAUUGCAGGGGUUACUGGAAGGACCACAUAAGCCGGAAGGCCAGCCAGACCAGCGUUUACCUGCAGGAGUGGGAUGUGCCUUUUGAGCAGCUGGAGCUUGGAGAGCUGAUCGGUAAAGGCCGAUGGGGGAAGGUGUGCAGGGGCCGCUGGCACGGAGAGGUGGCCGUUCGCUUGUUAGAGAUUGACGGUAACAACCAGGAGCACUUGAAGCUGUUCAAGAAGGAAGUGAUGAACUACCGGCAAACGCGACACGAGAACGUUGUGCUGUUUAUGGGGGCCUGCAUGAACCCGCCCCAUCUGGCCAUCAUCACCAGCUUUUGUAAAGGAAGGACGCUCUACUCGGUUGUCAGGGAUUCUAAACUUGACAUCAACAAGAUACGACAAAUUGCUCAGGAAAUUGUAAAGGGAAUGGGCUACCUCCAUGCAAAGGGAAUUGUGCACAAAGAUUUAAAGUCCAAGAAUGUUUUUUACGAUUCAAACAAAGUGGUCAUCACAGAUUUUGGUCUGUUUGGGAUGUCUGGAGUGGUCCAAGAGGACAGGCGGGAAAAUGAACUGAAGCUGCCACGAGGGUGGAUCUAUUACCUGGCUCCAGAGAUCGUGCAAGAGAUAGGACCAGGAAACCAAGAAGACUGUUUGCCCUUUUCAAAAGCUGCUGAUGUUUACGCUUUUGGCACUAUCUGGUAUGAACUCCAGGCCAAAGAAUGGCCCAUCGUUAAUCAACCAACUGACGUUUUGAUCUAUCAGCUGGGAAGUGGAGACGGCAUCAGAACGUUACUGGCCCAGAAGGGUACAAGCUUGGGCAAGGAGGUUACGGAGAUUCUGUCAGCCUGCUGGUCCUUUAAAGUAGAGGACAGACCCACAUUCACUCAGCUGUCAGACUUACUAGAAAAGCUUCCGAAGCUCAACCGCAGACUCUCACACCCCGGGCACUUCUGGAAGUCUGAGGAUGCAUGGCAUCACCACUGUCUGCGUGAACACUGCAGUUCGGGUCUCCGCUCUCGCUGUCCCUAUAUCUACAAAUAUGACGGUUUGUCCACAGCUAACGUAAAUAUUAGCAUGCCUGCUGCAUUCAGGGAAAGUAACCGAGUAAUUGAUUCAGAUGUCUAAAUCGAUUCCAUUUUUUUUCCUGCACGACUUAUAGAUUUCUAUGCUUAUGUCUUACAAAUUUGUGUUGCUUUUUAUUAUAGUAGUCCCAUCUUUGGCAAAUGUUAGGCUUUUAAACUUUCGCCUGUUGUAACACUGAGCAAAGCCAUUUCAGCUAAACUUUGUAAAUGGAAAAUAUGCUAAGAGGAUUUCAGCAUUUUUUUUUUUUUUUUUUUGUGUGUGUGUUUCAAAUUCCUCAUCUGUCAUCAGAUGAAUGGAAUGUGAUGUCCAUGGCUCGUUUUUCACAUUUUACUCAAAAUUAAGAUUUAAAUGAAUAAUCAUGUAUUUACCAGAUGCUAAUUUGACCUACUAAGCCCUUCCAGGAUGAAUAAAGAGCCUCAAAAUAAGUAUCUUCACGAGCUGGUGUUUGUAAAGUUAUCAAGAAUGAAAGAUGACUCGGCAGGAUGAUGUUCAGGAACUUUUAAAUAUCUAAUACCUCUCGUUUUAGUUUGUGUGUGUGUUAGAGUGUGUGAGAGUGUGCAUGUAGAGUUUUGGGUGGUUUAUUUGUGGUGUUCUGAAAAAUGAGAGGAUGUUAAAUACUGCAGUGACUGUUCCCAGGACAGCUUAAAAGAAUUUGAAUAGAGAAUUAUCGUUUUAUUUAUUGUACAGCUAAGAUUUCUUAUAUUAUUUGUACAAAAUUUUAUAUGUUUCCAUCGAAAAGUUUUGAAAAGGUACUUUACUUCUGUUGUACAGCUCUUUAUAUAGUGUCUUGUGUACACAAAUUGUACAUUUCUAGAAUGAGAUUGUCAUUUUAAUGUUAUGUAAUUAUGAAUUCAUAUUUUUGUAAAGCUUAUAGCCACUUGUCUGUAAACACAAUGUAAUUUUAUCCUGGCAGAAAUAAUAAACAAAUGAAACAUUUA